AUGGCCAAAGCAAAGAAGCAGCCAGACCCGAACCCUGUGAUUAAUCCAGGCUAUAUUGAAAGGUUGCCAUGCUGCCCUAUCUGCGACAAUUAUUUCGAGCCUAAACGGGAAUUCGACCGUCAAUUUGCGACCAGAUGCAACUGGGGGGCCUCCCAUUUCGAGGUUCGCGCGGCAGAAGAUCUGGAGAAUAUGAUCUUCUGGCGGCGAAAAGCAUGGUGGACUCUUUACCGGACGAUUAUCUACGACCCCGCAACAAAGAAAUACCAGCUCUCUGGAAUCGCAAAGGUGCCGCCCAUGCCGGACGAAAACGGGCGAUAUACAAUGCCCAAGGAUCCCAACCUAGGAGUGAUUGGACGUCCUGCCGACAGAGUGAACGAUCCGCGCCUUUUGCAGUCACUCAUGGUUCAUACUGCCUAUAAAUUGCGUAACGAAGAAGUGCUGGCAGGGUAUCCUGUGCAUCCGCUAUGUUGGAACAUGAUGUCAGGAUUUUUGGAGAAGAUGGGAUAA